GGGGACCUUCGCCGCGCGUGAGCAGGUGUAACCUCAGCAACAGCCGGGCAUUUGGGCAGGAGAGACCGGAAGCCCCUCCCCGCGCAGUUCUAGCACGCCCCGCUAAGCGGCUUCCGGCAUCCCAGAGUCUCGGUUGUUUGGCGGCGGCGGCGGCGGCGGUUGCCGGACCAGUGUAUGUUGCUUACUAUGGAAGAAUCACAGAUCUGUGGGUUUGGAGAUAGCAGCCGGGAACAGCUGAGGAACAGCAAGUGCAGUGCGCUGAAUACAGUGCUGCAACAUUCAGACACAAACUGUGAUGGUACAGAAAAUGCAGCUGCAUUGGAGGAGGUAGAAGAUUACAUCGCUAGAAACAGAAAGCUGUUGGGAAAUGUAUACUGUGCUCAAGAGCUUCGAGAGGAAACUCCUGGAAGAGAAGAAACCCGUACUGACCCACCUGAUGGCCAGCAAGACCCAGAAAUUGAGAAGAACAAAGAGAAAACUUUAGGAAAAGAAGUUUUAUUACUGAUGCAAGCUUUAAAUACUCUUGCUACUCCAGAAGAAAAGUUGGCAGCACUCUGCAAAAAAUAUGCUGAUCUGUUGGAGGAGAGUCGCAAUGUUCAAAGACAGAUGAAGAUGCUGCAGAAGAAGCAGGCUCAGGUAGUAAAAGAAAAGGUCCAUCUGCAGAGCGAGCAUAGCAAGGCCAUUCUGGCACGGAGCAAACUGGAAUCUCUCUGCCGAGAACUUCAACGCCAUAACAAGACUUUGAAGGUUAGUUUCAGAGAACUUCAACGCCAUAACAAGACUUUGAAGGAAGAGAACAUGCAACAAGCCCGUGAAGAGGAGGAAAGACGCAAAGAAGCAACUGCACACUUCCAGAUUACGCUAAAUGAAAUUGAGGCUCAACUGGAACAGCAUGGUAUACACAAUGCAAAGCUCCGACAAGAAAAUAUUGAACUGGGGGAGAAGCUAAAGAAAUUGAUAGAACAAUAUACACUGAGAGAAGAACAUAUGGACAAAGUCUUCAAGCAUAAAGAACUGCAGCAGCAGCUGGUGGAUGCUAAGCUUCAGCAAACAACACAACUAAUAAAAGAAGCUGAGGAAAAACAUCAAAGAGAGAGGGAGUUUCUGCUAAAAGAAGCUACUGAAUCCAGACACAAAUGUGAACAGAUGAAACAACAAGAAGCCCAAUUAAAACAGCAGCUAUCCCUUUACAUGGAUAAAUUUGAGGAAUUCCAGACAACAAUGGCGAAGAGUAAUGAACUUUUCACAACAUUCAGACAAGAGAUGGAAAAGAUGACCAAGAAGAUAAAAAAACUGGAAAAAGAAAUCAUAGUUUGGCGUACAAAAUGGGAAAACAACAACAAGGCUCUCUUGCAAAUGGCUGAAGAAAAAACUGUUAAGGACAAAGAAUACAAAGGCUACCAAAUAAAACUGGAGCGUUUGGAAAAGCUGUGCAGGGCUCUUCAAACAGAAAGAAAUGAGCUGAAUGAGAAGGUGGAAGUCCUUAAAGAACAGGUUUCUGUAAGGGAAGCAGAUGUCAGUCUAGCUGUACAUGUGUUGCAGUCGUGCACGCUCAACUCCCAUGAGGAGCUGGGGGUUUCAACGAAUGGAAUGCAAGAAGGAAUCCAACCAGAUGCUGAAUCAAAGGUGGCAAAUGAAGGCUCUGAAAAAACUGUCCACCUGGGUUCCAUUCCUGCCACAGAUUUUGUUGACUAAAGUGUAAACACUGUAUUGAGAGAUAUAUUUUGUGUAUAACUUUGACUGGUGGUGGUAACUAUUAGUUUUGUGGUGAAAAUUUUCUUACUUUUUCUACCAUAUCUGUAUUUUCUUAGAACAGAACUUGCCUGGUACAAGAAGCUGCACAGCAGCUAUUGAAUAGCUUAUCUAUAAAAUUUCCACAACUGUAUUGCACAUCUGCCUCGUUUUUUUAAAAUAUCAUAAAGGAUGCAUGCAGAUUCCUUCCUUCUGACCCAUAAGAAGCAUCACAAUGUCAUCUAAGACUCAUACAGAUUUGACAUGUCAGGGGAACAACUGUGACCAGAAUAAUGCAGCCCUGGUUUUGGGGAAAAAGUUUUCUUCUAUUAAGAGAAUGAAGGCCUAGUAUUGAAUUAUAAUUGCCACAAUAAACUAUAAUUGGGCAUGUGAUGACCAGAAGAAGCUCAUGACUGGCUCUUCGAUGCAUAUUUGCAUGAACAAAGCUGAAAAGUCUUACAGGGUUUAAUAUAGCUGCAAUCUUGCCUACAGCUUUGAAAUAUAUGUAAUUUUGCAACUGGAAAAACAGGGUAUACAGCUGAAAUUUCUCAGGAUUGUCCUGCACAGUUAGUUCAUAAAUGGAGUGACUCGUGCCCUACCUGUUAAAAUAGAAGGAGCAAAAAGUAGGCACUCAAACUUUAUCCAGACAACCAUCAACUAAAAUCCAAAUGCAUUUUGAGUUCAUGGCUGCCUUCUCAAGAGGAUAAAGCUUUUUUAAAGUGUAACAUGAACCUUAUUGUCUAGAAAUGCAUGUGUAUAGUUUGCAGCUUGCUUGUUAUUACAAAAUGCAGUGGGAUUUUGAUUAGUGGUUACUAGAAGAAAGAUCACCUUUGUUUUGUGCCAUUAUUUCUGCACUGGUUUUGGUGCCUACUUGUUAGUGUGAAAUAGUGAGCAUGUACAAAUACAUUCACUAAAACUGGGAGUAAUGGACAAUAUUAUGUCAUGCAUUGGUUCCUUUAGUACAUACUUCAAUAAGGAUGAAAUCCUAUGCAUGUUUAGACUGGAAGAGUCCUGUUAACACCUAGCAUUCCUGGGGUUUGCUGAAAGUUGUAGGACUUCCUUAAGCAUGUGUAGGAUUACACCCUAAAUCAAAUGCAUAUAUCUGCAGAAAACAUAAAACCUGAUCUAUCCAUGUUAAAUAUGGAAUAUCCAUAAAUUAGCUAAUCUAGACAUACAGAUCAAGGGUGAUAUUCCAGUCCUGUUUCUCAGCUACUGCUUUUUGUAAAGAAAAAUACAUAACAAAAGACACCUGUAACAAAAGUGCCUUCCAGUAUCUGUAGAUUACCUGCUGAAUUUGGCACUUCAAGUUUUAGUUUAAUGCACAGCGAGCAAGACUCAAUUUCAUUCCUGUUGCUUUGUGAGCAGAAUUGUUUCUCUUGCAAAAGUCCAGAUAUUGUCAUAAUGCAAAUUUGUGUUUUUAUUUAAAAGACAGGGACCAACAGUAUUUCAUUAAUGUAGGAAAAUACUACUAGAUCAGAUGCUGCUGCUAAGUAAACCUGCAGAUAAUAGCUUUCUAGUUGUUGCUGUAUUCAGAAAGUACAAAUACCCCAUUUAUAUUAUCCAGUUAGGCUGGCAAUUUUGAGGGACUCAAGCAUAUAACUGUUUAUAGGUUUGCCUACAUGAGCUCUUUGACAGUUUAGUUGCAAAUUACUUGAAUGUUCAAGCUAUACUAAGAUAUGCUACCCUUUAUUUAUACAGUGUACAGUGAAAUAUCUUAAAAAGAAAGGAUAGCAAAACCCUUUUGGAUAUUAGCUCAUACCACAGAGCAAAAACACAUUGAUAUGUUCAGGGACCUAAUUUGGGAACUGGCCAGUUAAUGUUCCUCAAAGUUGCAUUUUCAGUUUGUAUACAUUCCAACGACAGUUAAGUAAGCAGAGAUGACUAAAGGUGUGCAGUGAAGACAGGUAGAUUUGCCUUUGCAAGUCGUAAUAAUUAGUAAUAGAUACUAGAGAGAUUAUUUCUCUCAUCAAAGUUGAUCAAUAUUUAAAAGCAUAUUGGACAGAAGCAGAAACAUUCCCAAAAGUGUAAAAGGAGAAACCUCAAUAUUAUCUUAUUAGAAAAUGAGGAAUUUGAAAGAAUUCCAGAGACAGCAACAGUUCUGGAUUAUUAUCUUUUUAACCAUCUAUUUGAUUGCCUUUUUAACUAUAGCCAGAACAGGCAUAAUGGCAUAAUGCUUGCUCUGUAUCUGGCAAAAUGCUGGAUCUCAGUGCUUUUGAUAACAGUAGAUGAAAACACCAGUGAAAGUAUUGCUUACUGAUACUGGAAAAUAAAAAUUGGAAUCGUGGUAUCUUUUUCUUUUAAGGAAACAAAUGUGUUUGCACAUGCCAUGCUUUCUACUCUGUAUCUUUCCCAAGUUUAGAUGGGCUAAACUUCAUUUCUUGAAGCAUCAACGUAUGUCAUAUAUUUACCAGUGGGAGGGCUAGAAUAAGUUCAGCUUUUGUCUGAUCUGCCACACAUUGGGUAUUACACUGCCAUUUUCCAGCUGAUUUGUACAGUGUAUUUCACUCACGAUUCAUGCUUACUGCAAGCAGCUGUCUUACUGUGAGUAAACCAGUAAUCAUGUUCUGAAAAAUAUUGAAGCCGUUGCUUAUACUGUUCAUUUCUUUAUACUGUUGCACUUCGUUUGUAUCAGAUAUGUCAAGUAUAGGAGGAGUGUGCUGCGUAUUUUUUUUUAUUACAUUGCUGGGGCUUCAAAUGCUCCACUGAUGGCUGACUAAGCCCUAGAAUGUUAAGCUAAUCUCACACUGAACCCCCAAAAGCCCAAAACUCUGUCAUUUGUAACACUGAAUGGUGCAAUCCUGUGCAAGUUUAGACACCAAAAAGGUUGACAGCUCUUAGUCUGAGCUAGGGCAUGCUGGGAGUUGGAGGCUUUUGCUGUCUAAACCUGGAUAGAAUUGCAUUCUACAUGUAUUUACAUACACAUUUUACGGCUGUACCUUUCUAAUCCAUUGAUCCUCUUUAUCACUUCUAGUUAAGUUACAGUUCAAUUCUCAGGUGUUGCAGAAAAUCUACCUCUUCAGACUGUAGAUGGAAAUAACUGUGAAAUGUGAUGCAGAAAUCUAGUGUGUGCUGAACACUGCUUUAUUUUUACAACUCAUUCCUGCUUUCAUGGGACAGGGGCGUGGGGAGUUGCUGAAUAAAUAGGCAGUCUUGUUUUUGCUUUUCAGAACAUUUUGUAGAGAUUUUUCACUAAUGUGAAUCUGACAUUUUAUCUACUCAGUUCUGUAUAGAUUAAGUAAAUAUGUGUGCUUAAUA